AAAAACACCAGCCACCACCUUCUUCAAUGGGCAAUUUCUUAAUCUUGCUUCUUCUCCAUCUCUCUUUUUCUCUCUCUCUCUCUCUCUCUCUCUC